AGCCCUAUCGCGCCGCUUUCAGACCAAGAUACAGUGCAGGAUGUUUAUGUUCGGUGCAAUCCAGCGCCAUUUAUUGCCAUUUCGUAUCCUGAAUUUCUUUCGUAACUAGAGGCGAAAAAAUUUGUAACCAGAAUGUUUCGUUCGUAGAGACUUUUGUCGGUCGAGGUACCACAAUUAUGGUGUUAUCAGGAAUGGAACACGAAACCAAUUACCAUGUCAACAGCAGGAUCUGGGACUGGGGGGGGGGGAUUCAAUCCCACAUCAAAGGGCAACCAGUUGAGAGGGUGAAAAAUCAGUGAAAUGCGCGAAAUCAGAACAAAUCGACCGACUUCUUGGUUUGAGAUUUCACUGGGCGUCAUCUAGUCCUGUGUCGAUGUUCCGGCAGCCGUCCCGGUCUGGGGUAUCCAAGGACACUAUCUUGCCUCCUGUGUCUGGGCUUUGAUGUAAAACUUCCUUCCUGUGCGACUAAAAGUCCCCCGGAGCAUCAUUGGCCGACAUGCGGGACGUGUGACAGGAAGCCCAGCUGGGAGGAACGCGAGCACGUGAGCUAAGUUUCAAGAUGGAGAAGCGCCACAAACAGAGCCACACCUGCUUGACACGAGCACCUCGUAUCCAGCGCCCGGCCCCGGCCCCGGCCCAGGCCCCGGCCUCACUUCAGUGCCACUGAGAUGAUGGGCUGCAGCACCAGCAAGGUGCUUCCAUCCCCCAAAAAUAUGGAUAAUCUUCCUAACAAUAAGAAUCACAAGAAGAAGAAGGGGAAGAGCUACGUGAGCGUGGUGCAGUCCCUGGUUGGCUUCACCAAAGAACGCGACUACCUCAAGGGACCAAAGAACAACAACUCUGGCUGGUUUUCCGCAAAAAGCGAGAUCGGAAUUUCUCCGCGACGAACGCCGAUGAUGGACGAAAAGACGCGAGACGAAAGAGGAGACACGUACAAGGACAAGUUUGACGCUCGAGUCACUGCCAGAUACCACAUCAAGGCGCUGAUCGGCCGUGGCAGCUUCAGCCGGGUGGUGCGGGCCGAGCACAGGACCAGCCGCCACCCCUUCGCCAUUAAGCUGAUGGAGGUGGAGACCCCCCAAGCCCGGGAGGUGUGCGCAACCGAGCUGGCGGUGCUGCGGCGGGUCCACCACCCCAACGUGGUCCGCCUGGUGGAGGUUUUCCAGGGUGCUAGGCGGGUGUACGUGGUUCUGGAGCUGGCCACGGGCGGGGAGCUUCUGGAGCGGGUCGUCUGCAGGGGGCACUACACGGAGCGGGACGCCACCCGGGCCCUGCACAUGGUCCUGGCCGGGGUGGGCUACCUCCACUCGCUGGGUAUCACCCACCGAGAUUUGAAACCAGAGAAUCUUCUUUACUACCACCCCGGUGUCGACUCUCGCCUGCUGCUCACCGACUUUGGAUUGGCGACGUUUGGAGGCACUUUGGUGUCAGGUAUAAAUCAGAGUGCCCGAAGCGGGACCAGCAGCACAUGGUCCUUAAGAACCACAUGCGGAACCCCGGAGUACAUGGCCCCAGAAGUGGUGCUGAGGAGACGCUACUCUUGCGCUGUGGACAUGUGGGCUGUGGGCGUGAUCGCCUACAUCCUGCUGAGCGGGUCCAUGCCCUUUGAGGAUGACACCCGAACGCGGCUCUUCAGGUCCAUUGUCAGAGGGAAGUACAGCUUCCGCGGAAAUCCCUGGCCGUCCGUGUCGGACGCCGCCAAGGACUUCGUCCGGGCUCUGCUGGAAUCGGACCCGGACCGCCGUCUGAGUGCCGAGCAAGCCUCCCGUCACUCGUGGAUUCUCACCGCGGCCGCCGGAUCCUCCGCCCGAAACCUGCAGCGAUCCAUCUCCCGGAACCUGCGGCAGCGGGACUCCCGGAACUCCUCGCGUUGUAAAGACAGGGCGACGAACUCGGCGGCAGAAGAAGUCCGCUCGGUUUCCAAACGUACAGCUCGAGCGAUGGAUUGGUGAGAUGGAACGAUUGGUCGGAAGUCCCCUUCCAUGCUACUUCCUCAAAGGAAAAUCGGCAUUUUGGGAUAACUAGUGGACGUCAGAGACAGACACAGUUGCGGUUUUGGUUCACUGACCACAAGAUGAGGUACACCGGCGCCAACUUUAAUUUACAAUUGCGGUUCUCCUCUUAAGUGGUGUGCGACCGCGACCUGCAACGCUGCGUUAAAGUGCCAAUAUUCAACAUAAAUGCGAUGCCUAAUUGCGUUUGCUGCUUCGCUGGAGGACACAUUUGUCCCUGCAGCAGGAAUUAUCGAGGCUUGAUAACAGCCAAUCGUUCUCUGCCCUCUCUCUCUCUUUGAUCUGGGAUCAAUACUCCUUGAGGGGGAGCAA